GGAGGAAAAGAUGUUUUUGCUCUUCUCCCGACUGGUUUCGGCAAGAGUUUGAUAUAUCAACUGGCUCCUCUAGUCGUGAAGAAAAUGGGAAAGGUGAAGAAUCCCAUAAUGGUGGUAGUGUCUCCAUUGGUUGCAGCUGGGAGGAAUGAACGACACGGACAUUCUCCACGGCCGAUUCCAGUUGGUGUUUGGUAGACCUGAAUCUUGGUUACUGAAUGAGAAAUGGAGGAAUUUGCUUUCGUCAGAAGUGUACCGUGACAACUUGGUGGGGAUUGUCGUUUAUGAUGUUCAUGUCACAUACAAAUGGGGAGAGGGUGCAAAAGGAGAGGCUGCCUUCAGGGAGAGCUUUGCCAGGCUGGGAGAACUCCGAUCCAUUGCCAAAGACGGUACACCAGUGUUAGCGUUGACAGCAUCUGCGGAUACAAAGAACAGACGCCGGGUGACCAAGCUGCUGCAUAUGGAGAAUGCAACUGAAGUGACUGUGAGCCCAAACAGGACAAACCUCAGACUUGGACUGACACAGGUUCCUUCCAAUGACUUCAGCUGCAUGGACUGGGUAGUGAAGGAGGUCAAAGAUAAGGCACUGUCAAUGUCCCCCAUCAUUAUUUAUUGCAAAUCAGUAGGGAAGGUGUUCAGCUAUAUUAAAGCAGAACUUGGUGAAGAUGCUUGGAUUGACAGGGACCAGGAUCAUAAGGCUGAAAACCUUCUGAUAGGAAUGUUUCAUAGUAAGACACUCACACAUCAUAAACAACGAGUGCUGUUAUCAUUUAAUGGAGAGGGGAGCUGCAGAGUUGUUGUAGCAACAACAGCUCUCGGGAUGGGCUUGAAUUUUCCAAAUGUUUCACAUGUUGUCAUGUAUGGGUCACCAGACGAUGUAGAGGACAUUGUUCAACAGGCUGGACGGGCUGGCAGAAAUGGGUUGCAAUCACAUGCAAUUUUGUAUGUUAUUAAACAGUCCAUCAAGGUUGAUAAAGCAGUUAAAGAUGUGAUUGGCACAGGCACACACAGCUGCUUUAGAAAAGCAUUAUUAAGCAAUUUUGAGGAGCACACCACAAGUGUUGAGCCAGGACAUCUGUGCUGUACAUAUUGCCACUCUGUAUGUUCAUGUGCAUCUGAGGUUUGUGGAGAGCUUAUUCCUAAACAUGAGUUGUUAGAACCAGAUGUUUUCAUUGAUCUGAAAUGUAGAGCGGUAACAGAAGAUGAUAAAACCUUAGUCCGGGAUAUGUUGGAGGAAUACAGGAGCUCUUUAGUUAACGACACUGCUCGUCUCUUCACUAGCAGGUCAGCCUGUACGGGAUUUAGCACUGAACUUAUCGAGGCAGUGGUAGAACACAGCAAACACAUAUUUGACUUGGCUUACAUUAUUACUAACCUUCCAGUAUUCAGAGCACGGCAUGCAAGAGAAAUUUUACUAGUAAUUAGUGAGGUUUUUGGUGAUAUUGAGUUGGAUAUAGAGCCUACUUCCCACAAGGACAGCUUCACAGAGCCAGACAUUGACUACACAGGUUAUUUUGAUGAGGAUGAGGACUCAAGUGAGAUGGGAACCCAACACAGCAGCACAGACUCUGACUAUCACCACCAUUCAGGUGCGGGCCAUUAGUGUCUCUUACAACUCAGAAUAUUACUCAACUUGAACUCAACCUAGGUUGUGCUCUUAGAUUUUGUAAAGAUUUUACUUUGAAAUGUACAGUUUCUUGAACCAAUAUAAUUGAUUAAAGCUGAGUGUCAUUGUUGCUCAAAACUGUUUGUUUUCACCUGUUAAAAUAGAUUGAUACUUGCAUCAUUGUGAAAAAAAGUUUGCUAUAUGUUACUAUGUGAUAAUAAAACAAUAACCCAUGGUACCUUUUUAUUUCUUUUUAAUUUAAGUUUCAGAAGUGACAGAGGUAGGCAACGUGCAAGUGCAGUUAAACACAUAUUUACAAAGUUUUCAAAUGGUUAGGUUUCUCCACUCUUUCAAUUUGGACCGCAUCCAUCCCCGCAACUCACUGUAAUGCAGUUUUGAGAGAAGGUCUCUGUUGAACUUUGGGAAGGCUGUGAACUCUCUGCCUGAUUGGUCUUUGAACAGCUCUGCCUCUCUGAUCACCUCAACCAGGAUCAGGAUGUCCUGACUCUGGCGAUCAGCAUGGUGGAUGCCACUGGACUUUGAUACCUCCAGCUCUUUGUCGGUGGUGUCCAUCAAGUCCUUUAGAACACCAAUGGACUUGCUGAUCCUGUCUGCUGCUUGCUAUAUGUUUGGACCCAUGCGCCUAAAGAAGGAUUUAAAAAAGUUGUUGAGGUGUUCCAGGUGUAAAUCGAGUGAGAUGUUCUUUCCCGCCCCUCCCUUCCCAUUCCAGAACCUGUUCCAGGUGAGACUGUGAGCCAAGUGAGGGGAGAGCGUGGCGUUGACCUGCAAGGUCAGUAGGAGUGUGCUGUAGGCAUAUUGGGUAUGUCUGUAUGCCUUAUAGAACAAGAGUGCUACAGUAUACAACCUCAACAACCUCUCUCCUUCACUGCAUCCUGCAUGUUGGACAGGAACAAGCCAAAGCAGAGUCUUGCUUCUGUGUGUUCUUUUUUGUGGUCCCUUGAACCUGGCCUGGCUGUAUCUGGCACAGACACUGAAGCUACAGCGAAGCCAUGUUUCCUCUCAUGGUUCUCCCUUGCUUUCCAGUACUUGUAGACCACCUGGCAUGCGGCAUGGGAGCGCCUGUCCCUUUAGAGGCAGGUCUCUGGCACCAGUUAAAAUGUCAGCAGAGUCCGGAAACACAACGAAUCUGUCCACAACUUGGGACACAACGUCAUGCAGCCAGCUCCUUCUCACCUCCAGUGAACCAGUCUGGAUGUGUUCGGGGAUGAAGCCUUCUGGGACAUCUGAUGAGACAUACAAAAAAGUAAUGAUGAUAAAUACAUAUUUUUGGAGGCAGCAGA